GGGGCCAAUGGUACGAAGAGUGGAGUAGUUUAUGGAGGUAAGGGUGGAAUGUUUACAACUAGCUCCACUGUCGUCAUCUCAUCUGCAUUUUGAAACCAGUUCCGCGGCUCGAUCACGCCAGCCGUCUCACACCAGAUCGGAUUCAAUACAAAACUGAGGUGUAUCGGUAAGCGGGCACUAUUUACGAUUGUGUUCUCUAAAGUGUCACCAUAGCGUUCAACAUUUUGCAAGUUGUGUGCCCAUGUCGCAGAGGUCUCUGAGCAGGGAGGUGUGGGAGGUGCGUGCUUCAGCGUUGGCUCGCGACACCCAUAACGUGAUCAGGGAGAUCGUGGAGAACUUACAAGUGGAACCGCACCCUAAUAAGCAGUUAAUUGCUCUUUCCAUUGGUGACCCGACUACAUUUGGAAACCUCAAUCCACCAGACCAAGUGCUACAGGCUGUGCGGGACAGCAUCGAGUUGCUUAGCUCUAGAAGUUACGGUCCCGGUAAAGGACACCAGGAUGUCAGGGAAGCGGUGGCAGAGUACUGUGCCCACCAAGGACCGGUCACAGCCGAGGACGUCAUCCUCUGCAGCGGCUGCUCUCACGCCAUCGAGAUGGCCGUUACCGUGCUGGCCGAUGCCGCCCAGAACAUUCUGGUGCCGCGACCGGGGUUCUUGAUAUACAGAACCUUAUCCGAAGGCUUAGGAAUUCAAAUAAAAUAUUACAAUUUGUUGCCUGAUCAGCAAUGGAAAGUCGAUCUGGACGAUCUCGAAGGACAAAUAGACAACAAGACCGCGGCAAUAGUUGUUAUAAAUCCGUCAAAUCCUUGCGGAUCAGUGUACAGUAAAGAGCAUUUGACUGAAAUAUUAGAUAUUGCGUCGAGAAAUCGUGUUCCCAUAAUAGCAGAUGAAAUAUACGAGCAUAUGGUGUUUUCUGGCAAUCAGUACCAUGCUCUUUCCUCGCUCUCAAUUGAUGUUCCUGUGCUCUCUUGUGGUGGACUGACUAAGAGGUUUCUAGUGCCGGGUUGGAGGAUGGGCUGGGUGAUCAUACAUGAUCGUCAGAAUAUAUUUGGGAAAGAAGUUCGCAGAGGUUUGAAUAAUAUGACUACUAGGAUACUUGGCCCUAAUACUCUUAUUCAGCGUGCCUUACCCGCUAUCCUGCAACUCACGCCACAGAGCUUUUUCGACGAUGUGUUAAUGUUUCUAGAGAGCCAAGCCAAGCUAGCUUACGAAGCACUGCGCCGAGCCCCCGGAUUGCGGCCCGUGAUGCCUCAAGGAGCCAUGUAUAUGAUGAUACAAAUAAAGAUGUCCCUAUUUCCCCAGUUCGACAACGAGCUUCAAUUUGUCGAGAGACUUGUUUCAGAACAAUCAGUAUUUUGUCUACCUGGAAAGUGUUUCGAGUACCCUAACUACAUGCGGAUUGUCCUGACAGUACCGGAGGAGAUCAUGCGAGAAGCAUGCGAUCGCAUAACGGUAUUCUGCAGAGAGCAUAUCGCCUCCAGAGACAAUCUGAAGGAAGUCGAUACUAAUUUCGUUUAUGUGGAGCCUGUCAACGAAGUCAUCUGUGAACACCAACCUUAA